AUGGCGAAAAACUGGUGCUGGGCUUGCGUAGAUUCGGUGCUCAAGCGAUGGCCAGCCUUUAUGCGCAAGAAUGGAGCAGGUCGAAGAAAAGAAAAACCCCAGGGAGGCAAACGGGAGUCGGCAGGCCGGCGAAGGAAGUCAAAGGAAAGUGGCCAUGCUGCAAUUGCGUUCUCGUCUAGUCGAGUGACAGAGAAGCAGAGCGAUAAGGAGAAGUGGAAAAAGGGUGGAAGCAGGAAGAAGUCGAAGGGAGAGAGAAGAGUUGAGCAGUCGAAGUCCAAAUCGAAGGUCGAAAUCGAAGGAAGAAGAAAAAAAGGCGACGGGGCGGCGGGCGGGAGCGACAGGAAGCCAGCAGUAGUGAAGUUAGGUUAG